AUGCUGGCUGUUGGUCUUCUCUGGUCCUGGAAUGUCAUUUUGAAGCCUAAUACUAAGAUUAGCCUCAAUGUACCGGGGGGGGGAGUUCGGAUCAAGACUGAAGCAGAAAAGGAAGGUAGCCGGACCGGGCCGGGAGUCUGCAGAGCAAAGGCGAUCAGUUGGCGCACAGGCCGGUGCCACACACAGAUUCUCGACAAGUUACUGCAGCUAGGUGGAUGCGUGCAGUCGCACCCACACUCGACGUUUCUGACGUACAUCUAUUCCGUAAUGCCCUCUCCUUUCCAGCGUAAAAUAUCUGGUAUGCGCCAUGGUUAUCAUCUCUCCGACGAUCCGUAUUCCAUACUUCCAUGUCCCGAACCUGAAGGGAAUAAGAAUGUCUUUGCUGUUGCCGCCAUCCUUGUCGACUACAGUGAUGGUACUACCCAGACUGUCGUCAUUGACACUACCUGGAAGACCAUCAAAACUACACUUCCUAGAGGAUGGACUAGCUCCAGCUUUGAAAAUUCGGCUUGGAUUGCCGCAGCUUAUGAAAUGCUUACAGCAAGCACACCUUGA